UAGAUUUAUGUGCUUGUCAUAAGAAACUUAUCUUGAUCUUCUUGAAUUGUUCAAAUAGAAAAACAAAACAAAACAAAAUAAAAUAAAAUAAAAGAUGACUUUUUCUACAUUUAAUCCUUAUGCUCAUCAAUUUGUUAUUCAUACAGGAGGAUGAACUUGAAUCAGCAAAAGCUGAAAUGAGUGAAGUGAAGGAAGAAAAUGCUAGACUAAAGAUGAUGUUAGAGAAAAUUAAGAAGGAUUAUCAAUCACUUCAGAUGCAAUUUGUCUACUCCCUUCAGCAAGAAUCCAAGAAGAAUAAUAGCAGUCCAUGUAUCACUGAUCAUGAAGACAUUGAAGAACCCGAACUCGUUUCCCUUCGCCUUGGAAGAAGUAGUCCUCCAAGUGAGACUAAAAGAGAUCAUGACAACAAUAGCAGCUCAAGCAAGGCCAGAUCAGAAGAUGAGCAGCUAAAGGGAGGUCUUAAACUUGGACUAGACUAUAAUAACUUUGAAGGGUCUAAAUCGGAUCCUGUGGAGCUAGUGUCGGAUCCAAGCCCCGAGAUUAGCUUAGAAGAGAGGAAGGAAGAUGAAGCAGGAGAAACAUGGCCACCAAGCAAAGCUUUGAAGACAAUGAGAAGUGGAGAGGAUGAACUUUCGCAACAAACCGGUGUGAAACGAGCUAGGGUCUCUGUGAGAGCUAGAUGUGAUACCCCCACUAUGAAUGAUGGAUGCCAAUGGAGGAAAUAUGGACAGAAAAUUGCAAAAGGAAAUCCAUGCCCAAGAGCAUAUUAUCGUUGCACAGUUGCACCAGCAUGCCCAGUAAGAAAACAGGUGCAACGAUGUGCUGAGGACAUGUCGAUAUUGAUCACAACCUACGAGGGAGCACACAAUCACCCACUUCCAGUUUCAGCUACAGCCAUGGCUUCCACCACCUCUGCAGCUGCUUCGAUGCUACUCUCCGGCUCCUCAACCUCUCAAUCCGGUCUCGGAUCAACAGCUACCACCAUUCCAACCACUACCCUUUAUGGACUGAACUUCAACGUCUCUGAUAGUUCAAGAACAAAACCCUUCUACUUACCAAACUCUUCCGUUCCCGGAUUCCCAACCAUCACAUUAGACCUCACCACAAGCGCACCAUCCACUUCCUCCACUCAAUUCAACAUGUUCUCUUCAAGUUUCUCAGCAAACCCUAGAUUUCCUUCAACAAGCCUUAACUUCUCUUCGUCCGAAUCCAACAUCUUACCAACUGUUUGGGGCAAUGGGUACCCUAAUUAUGGCACCCCACUCUACAAGCAGCCCCAAACUGGUCCCAUAAAUCUUGGAAGGCUACCAUCCCAAGAACAUUUUUACCAGCAUUACAUGGAAAAGAACAACCAAGCUUCUACUCAACAGGCUUUGACAGAUACCUUAACCAAGGCAAUCACGUCCAACCCUAGUUUCCAGUCAGUGAUAGCUGCUGCAAUUUCAUCAAUGGUGGGCAGUGGUGGCGCGGCGACGCAAGAAAACCAAGCUGCAGUGGAGAGUUUAAGCCAAAACUCGAAGUGGGGUGGUGAGCCAAUGCAGGCCAUAUCUUCCACUCCAGUUACUCCAAAUGGGAAAGGUUGCGCGACGAGCUACUUGACUCGUACUUCAUCCUCAAAUUCUCAGACAGGAAGCUUGAUGAUGCUUAAACAACAACCUCCACUGUCAUUUUCGAUCUCGAAGAGUACUGCUGCUAAUAAUUCCACUGCUGAUACUAGGGAUCAGCUCGGUUGAUGGUUUUUGCUUUGGCCAUUAUGGUUUUUGAUCAUGGAGAUGGGAAGUGUAAAAUUUUUCUUUUUUCCUUAUUUUAAUGUCUAUACAUAAAUGGAUGGGCUCACAAAGCUAUGAAAGCAUGGUGUAACUCAUAUUUUGUCAGAUAUAUAUAUAUAUACACACACACUAUCUGAUGCUAUGCUUUCUCAUCUUUGGAAGCACAAUAUUUGUGCGACAGGAAUGUAAAUUGACAGUGUGAAUUUUCUCUUGGAACAGUGCUAUAUGCAUCAACAUAGCUGAAAUACUCAAAAAGCACAAAUCUUUUAUUUAUAGCUUUAGAGGAAAUUUUCAGCUGCAAGAAAGUCUUUUUGCAAUUAUCGAACAGUUUAUGUGGAGGAAUUUGAAACUUUAAAACUAAAUUUUCUUUAAUUUUAAAUUCAAAGUACUGAGGUAUUCACAAUCCCAACAUUAAGAUUUUUUUUUUUAUAUGUUUUUUUUUUAUUACUAUUUUUAUUUUAUUUUAUGCUCAUGUGUUAUUUUAGUUCUGUCUUUAGGUUGUAUCUUGUGAAAUAUUGUAGGAAUGAAUGACAUUCUGUUCCAUGGUAAAAGAUGGGACCCUAUUUAAUUUUGAACAAAAGCUCUUUCCAUUCAAUAAAAUUUCAGAUGUGAUAUUGCGAAGGAAAUGGCAUGUUUAUUACUGCUUAUU